CCAGAUGGUUUCCGAAUCCCUUCAGAGCAGCUUCAAAUAUGGGCCAAUUUACCUCGCCCAACCCAACAUAAUUAGUAUCAGCAACUCCAAGGAUAUCCGCAGUGUCCUUGGGUCAAGUAAAUUCCACAAACAUCACUACUACACUAUAACGAAAUUCACCAAAGUCAACAGUAUAAUCACCACGACUGAUCCAAAUAAAGCCGAAAUAAAGCUUUGAAUGAUGCAGCCGUAUUUUACUCCCCUCGUAUAUGGCCAAAAUGGAGCCGUUAAUUUUGGAGCACGGGAUUCUCCAGAUAAAGAAAAUCUGGGACACGGCUACCGCAAACAACCAGGAGGUUGGCCACAGCCAGGCGUUCAAUCUAAGUGCAUUUGGUAUUAUUUCUCGGCUCGGUUUUGGAAAACAAAUU